AUGCAGGCGAACUGUACGUGGCUAAGGUACGGCGGUCACGCGAUGAUCGACGUGAUGAACGACGGCAGUGCGAUGCUUGCUGAACUGACUCAGGAAUGCAACUGCAUACGUGUCACAGCAUUUCCACCGCCUUUUGAUGCGGAAACAUUGCGAAAGCAGGCACUUUUUAGGUGUUUUGAUCUUUACCAAAAGCUGCGUUCUUCGGAGAAGCUCCGGCUCGAGUGUGGCAUUUCGGACUAUCCAGAACUGUUGUGA